GGCGCGAAGCGCGAAAUGACGAAAUUUUUGUAGUUCAAAACGUUGAAAGAAUGGUUCAGCGAUAAAUUCUUGAUGCAAAACCUUUGAGAAUGUCAGAGAAAGGCCCAAGUAACCACAACAGUGACGAUGCAAAUAUCGACAAAUCGUUAUUGUCUUUAAAGGGUUGCAAAGAAUGGCUUGAACAACAGAAUCUGGACUAUGAGACAGAAUUGUAUUGCAUGAGAGAAAUUGAACAAGAAAAGUUAAAUUCCAAAAAUGAAAGAUCUUAUGCAGAACUGGCUCAAAGUGUAUCAAAGCUGCAAGAACAGUUUUUGAAUGAGUCUUCCAUGUUUUCCACCAAGCAACAGGUUUUAGAAAGGUUACUGCAGAGUUAUGUUGUUGUGAAGAAACAUUUUGGCACCAAAGAAAAUAAACCUCAAAUGGACGAUGAGCACGACGAACUCACGAAGAACUUUGAAAAGCAACACAGAUUAUGCAAGGAUGUAGAAAAAUAUCUUCAGGCGCUUAGAGAAGAAAGUGAAGUUUUGGUCAAGGUGCAAAGAGAGCGCGAUGAUGUAACAAGUAGAAAUAAGGAGUUAAUGCGACGACUCCAGGACGUACAUCUCAAAAAGGAACUAUCCAAGAGUCAGAAGGAAACAAAGACCGAGUCAAGAUUACGUAGACAAAUAAAAGAGCAACAAGAAAAGAAUGAAGUGGCUCGAAAUAUUUACGAGUCGCUUAUCUAUGGAAGCGGUGUAGACUGGGCUAGCGACGAAGAAAUGAGAGAUAUGGUUCUGAGUCUUGGGCAACCUAAAGAUUUCUUAGACCAGGCCAUGAAGUAAGCAUCAAACGAUUCUGUGUGACAUUUGAAAGUGAGACUUGUGUAGUUUUUGUUGCCGUUCCUUUUGUACAAUCCACUAUUGGAGCUGAUUGAAGAAUGAAAAAAUCUGUGACAAUUAACCAGUAGAGCUCUUGCAUUGGAUCACAAUCCAAUCUUCAAAUGUUGAUUUCUUUUGAAAUUUUUGCAAAUUGUAUUGUGUAAAUGAGAUUCGAGUUGAAAACAUAUGUUUUUAAAGAAA